GAGAGAGGAGUUAGAGAGAGAGAGAGAGAGAGAGUGAGCGAGCGAGCGAGCGAGAGAGAGAGAGAGAGAGAGAGAGACUCGCAGACGCUGAACCUGUGUUCAUGCCUUCAGUGUAGCGGAGCGGGCGAUGGAUGUGAGAUUUUAUCCUGCACCCCCUUCCAGCGUGGGCUCCUGCACGCUGCCUACCGACUCCAGCCUCGCCUCUCUGGACUAUUACCACUGCAACAAGAACAGAUACAGUGUAGGAGAUCGUGCUAGGCUGUACAGCGGUUUGCCCGUGAGGCCCAACCCUGACGGGAAAAGACUGCCCUCUUCAGGGUUUGAUGGUGAAAACAUGUACAUGAAUGAAAACAACCAAGAGUUUCUUUCCCCGAGUCAGCAGAACUACUCUGGUCAGGGUGGAGGCAGUGGGAACGGAGGAGGUGGGGGUGACGAGGAUUACGAGAUUCCCCCCAUAACCCCGCCAAACCACCCGGAGCCUCCUUUGCUGCACCUGAUGGACCCGGAGUCCGGUUACCUGUGUCACUCCCUGCCCCACAAUGGCCUGAUCAACCCCUACUCCUACCCUGAGCUGCCCGCCCUCAUGAUGUCCAACAUGCUGGCACAGGACGGCCACCUGCUCUCCAGCCAAAUGCCCUCUAUGCAGGCGCUGGCUGGGCCAGACAGCGGCCGCUACCCCCCGGCCAGCCACAUGCCCAUGCUAAACAGGUCUUCUAGGAUACUCCCCCACCCAAUGAGCGCUCUGUCCCAGCUCAGCUCUCAGAUUGGCCGAGGCUCCUAUACUCGUGGCUCCCCCUCAUCGCCGGGAAGCCAGUCGGCCACGCCCUCUCCUUCGAGCUCCGCCCAGGAAGAGGAAGCAGAUUACCUCAUGAAGAUCACGGGGGAGAAAAAACCCUCCGCAGACAUGAUGAAGCCCAAGCCCAAGCCUCAGAAGAAGAAGAAGAAGAAGGAUCCCAACGAGCCUCAGAAGCCCGUCUCGGCCUACGCUCUCUUCUUCCGGGACACUCAGGCAGCCAUUAAGGGCCAGAACCCCAACGCCACCUUCGGAGACGUCUCCAAGAUUGUGGCCUCCAUGUGGGACAGUCUGGGAGAGGAGCAGAAACAGGGAUAUAAGAGAAAAACAGAAGCGGCCAAGAAGGAGUACCUGAAGGCCCUGGCAGCGUACCGAGCUAGCCUGGUUUCCAAGACCUACAAUGACCCAGUGGAGAGCAAAAAUGCCCAGUCCAGCCAACCCUCGUCACACAUGAUGCCCCCCAACCCUCCGCUGUACAGUGUGCCCCCCCAGCCCUCCUCCCCCUACCUGGGCCCCAGCCCCUUCCCUCUGUCCGACCUGCAGAGCUACGCGGCCGGGGCGCCACGCCACGGCCUGCCGCGCUCAGCCAUGCUGCCCGCCCUCAGCGCCUCCCCACCCGCCUCCUUCCAGAUCAGUCCCCCCCUGCACCAGCAGCUCUCCCUGCACCAGGGCUCCCUCCUCAACCAGCCUAUCCGCAUGCAGCAGGUCCAGUCACAGCCAAUCAUCUCCCACCAGAUGGGCCUCCAGGCCUCCCUCCACUCCCCGCCCCCAGGACAGCAGGGCUUCUCUCACUUACAGUCAGAGUAUCAGAAGACUGUGGGUGGCUCUCAGUCUCCUGGGGCUCCGAACCCAGUGGGACAGAAUCCUGACUGGGACAGUGAGUACUGCAAUCGGGAGUGUGGAGGAAACCACUGCAGUGGCAGCAUGAUAGGCAGGGACAAGCCACUCUACCUCACUUGAAGUGAAUUGAGGAGGAAGAAGACAAAAAGUGAUGAAACAACACCAGGGAGUACCCUACACCUCUCCACCCUUCCCCGACACCCUCCGUUUUUUUCCUCAGUGUCAUUUUUCAUUCGUUUUUAGAAGGAUGUGUGCGCGUGUUCUGAAGACUACUAGUGAUCCUCUCAUUUUUUUGCCAAGCACUUAAAAUGUAUAGGCCUCCCACUGGAGACCUUCCAGAGCACUCAUUCUUUCUCUGAAUAAAGAAAAAAAGACAAAAAAGAGAUAUAUAAAAGGAAAAAAAAAGAAAACAAACAAACAAACAACUACCGUAAAACUGGCCCUCAGGGCAAAUGAGCUUUAACUAAAAGAGAGGAAAGCUUUCCUCUUCUCGGUUACUUUUUCAUGCUCUCGUUUUAUGUUUUAUUUAUUUCUUGCUUGCUACAUCGCUUUUUUUUUUUUGCCAAUAACAGGUCCUGUACUGUAGAGAAAUGCUCUUCUGAUGAAGUCAUCAAAGGCCGACAACUUACUGUAGGUCCACCUGAUGCUCUGUGAAUUUUGAAGAUAUUAGUAAGGACAGAAAAGGAAAAAAAAACAGAAAACAACUGAAUAGAUAAAUGAAUUUAACAACUUCUUUUUGUAAUUUUAAAGACCUUCAGAGGUCUUUAAUGAUCUGUCACAGUGUGAUUGUAAAUAUCACUUUUUUGGGGAUCAAAUUGGGAAAAAUGAAGUCCAGAUAUUUUUUUCUUCUUUAAUAUGACUUAUAAUUCAUUAAUUUGUAUUUUAAAUGGUAUCUUGUGAGCGUGUGCUGGUAUGUGACUGAGCGCGUGCGAGUGUGUAUGUACGUGUGCGUGAGUUGUAAAAUUGAUCAGCCUGUGCAGGUGAUAUCGGAGGAGUGUUUCACAUAAAACACAAUCUUGCAUUAAAUCUGUGCUCACUGGUGGGAUUUUCAAAUAAAGACGGAUGGCCAACGCCAUGUCCGACCGCAUGACCUGGCUCUCCACUUGGGUUCCGCGAGGCGCGGCUCUGGCCGUGUCGUUUAGUCGGAAGCCUCGACUGCCCGAGCCUGGUUCCGUACGCAGGCUUGUUUUAAGAAAUUCUCUAUCGAUUGGAUUGGCUGUCGUGUCUCAGGUUGUACGUUUCAGAUGGGAGAAAACGGGGAGGGGGCAGCUUUCAUGCUAAUUGGACCCCAGAUUUGAAACAAAGGUCUGGAUUAAAAAGGCAGUUCUUCUCGCCUGCUGUGACCAAUGAAUCCAUACCAGUGCAACAUUUAGAAGUGAACUAAAAUACGCUCAAUGUGAGAUAUUACAGCACACAUUUAAAACAACAGUGGGUCUAUAGUUUUCUAGUAGCUUUGCUAGGUGUUAUAUUGUGUUGAUCUCAUCCUUAAGUUUUGUGGAAAAAAAAUUACAUUUGAUCAUUUAGUCAAACUUUUCUUUCUUUCACUGUAGCAUAAUAUUUUAGUUUGGGGGAAAAAAGAAUAACUUUUAAGACAUUUAAUUUGUGUACAAACCUGCCAAUUGUAGUUAUUUUAUUUGUAAAGCCAGUAAUGAUAAUUAUUUUAAAUUGUUACCAACUUAUCUUUUUUUUUUUUUGCAAGUUGCCCAUCAGUUAUUUAAUUGUUUAACAGGUUUCCUAUCUAUUUAUGAACAAAAUGAGAUCAUUUUUGCUUAUAACUACAUUAUUUGAAUUUUCUCGUUUGUUUGCUUGUUUUUUUUUUUUUGGUUUGAUGCUGAUUGCUUUUUUUGUUUUUUUUUUUGUUUUUUUUUUUGUUUUUUUUUUUUUUUUUUUUUGUUUUUUUUACUUUUUUUGAUGCUGGCCUUUUCUUUCCUUGCCAGCCAGGUCAUUUUGUGUCACUAUGCCUUUUUUGGUUCAUUUGUCCGUAAUAAAAAAAAUGUUAAAGGUGAA